AUGUGCUUAGCCAAUGCCAACUGUAAUGGUAAAAUAUGGUACUUUGUGGCUGAUAAUAUAGAUGUAGAAGUUCUGAUUGAUUCCCCUCUGCAGAUUACUUUGAAGCUGUUUUUACAAGAUUUGAAUCAGCAUCUUAUUACUACUUUAGUAUAUGCUAAAUAUAGUGCUUCUGAAAGUCUAGAGUUGUGGGAGGAUAUCUAUCAUCUUUCCAAUACCUUAUCUUGUUCCUGGUUAAUAGGAGGAGACUUCAAUGUGUUUCUGAAUGAUGAAGAAAAGACAGGGGGUAAUCUUAUUCAACCUCAGGAUAUAGAAGACUUUGCUUUUUGCAUAAACUCUUGUGAUCUUGAAGAGGUAAACUUUAAGGGUAGUCCCUUCACUUGGUGGAAUGGAAUAGCAGAUGAAGCAUGUAUUUUUGAGAGAUUGGAUAGGAUGUUGGUGAAUUCACUGCUUCUGGACAAUUUGGAAAUAUUGAAGUGGAACAUCUUGCAAGAACUGGAUCAGAUCAUGCUCCACUUCUUUGUACCUAUGGUGAUAAGCAUCAGAAUUAGGCUGAAUUGGUCCACUUGGGAGCAUGAGGAUCCUUUCAUAAACUUCAAAAGCAAGAUGAAAAAGCUGAAAGAAGUGUUAUCCAAAUGGAGCAAGGAAGUGUUUGGUGAUAUAUUCAAACAGCUGAUCAUAAGGGAGGAAAUAGUCAGAUUAAAUGAACAGUUGUUUGACGAAAAUCUAAGCCAAGGAAGAAGGAAGAAACUGCAGAUCAAAAGAAUUCAAAAUUCAGAUGGUUCAUGGAUUGAGGAUGAUGAGCAAAUGGCAGAUGAGGCUGUGCACUUUUACUCUCAACAAUUUUCACAAGAAGAGUUAAUUGGAGAUGAAAAUUUGUUGUCACUCUUUCCUGUUUUUAUUGAUCAAAAUAGAAAUGAUCUACUGUGUCAAAUGCCUAGAGUUGAUGAAGUCAAAAAAGCUGUUUUCAACCUUGGUGGAUCAAGUGCUAGUGGACCUGAUAGUUUUCCUGGAAUUUUCUAUCAGACAUGUUGGGACAUUAUUAGCUUGGAUGUAUACAAGGUGGUGGUGGCUUUCUUUUAG